UCUUGCAUAGGUUUUCGUAAAUAGCUGGUGUGGUUUGUGUAACCGAGAUUUUAGAAAUUUCCAUGAAGUGGGUUCUAAUUGGACUGGAGCAUUCCCUAGUAGCAGCAAAUAAACGCGUGAUAUUCAACGAUUUUGGCUCCAACGAAGAAGAUGAAUGCCGAAGACCGCGAAGAAGAGAAAGCUACCAGCCCCGCUGCCGAUACCGAGGAAGAGGAAUCCUCCAAGGUAGAGUCUACCACCGACAGCAAAAAGAAGACCGUUGAGGCGUCGAAGAAAGAAGAGGACAACGGUGAAGCUAGCGACGAUAAGGAAGCUGCUUCCGAAGAAGAGGACGAAAAAGAAGAUGAAGAAAAGGACGACAAACCCAAAUCUAAAAAGUCCUCCGACGAUGUCAAAUCCAAGAAGUCUACCGAUAAUGCAAAGAAAACUAAAGAUGAAGAAGCCGAUGGUGAUGAUAAUGGCGAAGAAGAUGAUGUAGAAGAUGAGGAGGAGGAAGCAGAAGAAGAGGAAGAGGAUGAGGAAGCCGAAGAAGAGGAAGAAGCAGAGGAAAAACCUGCGAAACCUAAAAAGGUAGUCAAGGAGAAACCGAAAGCGGAACCAAAAGCUUCGGCUAAAAAUGGUGAGAAGAAGUCCGCUCCUUCGACAACUGGAAAACCGUUGGGUGCGAUCGCUCUGAUCGAUGCUAACAUCGUCAAGACGAAAAUGGAUGCUUUGCAAGCGUUGCAUAUGAUUGUCUACGAAAAAGAAGGCAAGGCUCCUCAUAUGAAAAAGAUGUUGAAAAAGUUCGACGGUUUCAGUUUCGAGCUCGAUUCCGAAGAUUACAAACAACGACUGGAAGCGGUAGAGAAAAUUGACGAGAAGAAACUUGCUCAAACGGCCGAAGUGCUUGUGUUGGAAACUACUGGCACUAAGGAGGAACUUGCUGAAAGAAUCCUCAAGUUUCUUCUGAAACCUGAUGGGGAGGAAGAACUCCCCCAGGAAGAAGGUGAAGAUGAAGAGGCCGCUGAAGAGGAAGAGGAGGAUGUAAGUGAAGAAGAAACUAAGAAACCUUCCAAGCGAGCAGCUCCAACUUCGGGUAGAGGUCGUGAAGCUUCCAAAUCGUCAGGUGGUAGGCCCAAACGUUCUACCGCUGGUCGUGGCUAUCAAGACAAUUCCUUAUAUGUAGAUUACACCAGUUCCGAGGAGGAAACGAAGGUUGUCAAAUCACGGGGACGCCGUCGCAACGAGUCCGACAGUGGAUCUGACUAUAAUCCAUCGGCGGGUUCUGAUUCCGAUGCCGGCAAGCGGCGAUCCAAUCGUGCUCCGGUGCGAGGAAGUCGAGUUUCGGCACGAAACCGACGCCGACAAUCCAGUGAUGAGGAAGAGUCCGAAAGCGCCAGCGACGAUGACUUCAGUGAUGAUGAGCCCAAGAAGAAGAAGGCGAAACCAACGGGUCGAGGCCGAGGACGUCCAUCGGCCACGAAAGCAUCCCCCGGUAGAGGCAGAGGUCGCAAACGGAAGGCCGAAACUGAGAGCGAAGAAGAGGAUGAAGAAGAGUCUGAGGUAGAAAGCGAAGACAGCGAGAAGCCGCAGAAAAAAUCGCCUGCCAAGGGAAAGGUUGUGGAGAAGAGUAAAGCAAAGAAUGCCACCCCCGGAAAAGGACGAGGCCGGCCGAAGCGAGACGCUCCUCCCAAGAAAUCCAAGCAUGAUGGCAGCUCGGAGGAGGAAGAAGAAGAGCCCGAGCUAGAAGAAUCGGAAGAUGAGCAGCCAUUGAAGAAGGGCAAGGAAGAGAAAAAGGAAAACAAGAAAGAAAAGGAGCCUAAAGCGGGAGGACCUCCAAGCGAAAACGACAUUAAAGAAUUCCUUAAAGAAAUCCUCGAGGAAGCAAACCUGGAGGAAAUCACGAUGAAAACAGUUUGCAAGAAGGUGUACGCCAAGUACCCGGAGCACGAUCUGUCCCACAAGAAAGAUUUCAUUAAGGCUACCGUCAAAUCUCUAAUAUCAACGUAAGGACUCCGUCUGAAGUAAAAUUUGUGUUUUCGAGUUUAUGCACGUUUUAAUUCAACAACAUCAGCAACUGCAAAUAUCUUACAAGAAAUUGAAGCGAUAGUGUUCCGGAUACACGUCUUUCUUGUACGUGUAGGACAUUGAAUAAGAUGAUAUACAUACAGAAACCAGAAAACAAACACAAUGAAGCAAAGGCAUGUAACGAUGACUGUACACGCAAGAAGUCAGAGGGGAUACAAUUCCUGCUGUGAGAAGGAAAUAUUGUCAAGAGUAGUCAAAUCAAAUCACAACUGCGAAUUAUGUGAUCGUGAACCGGUAAUCCAGUAACAGCCAACCAUCCCUACUUGUGCAGAGGAUGAUGGCACAUAUUCAAGUCUUAAGAGUAACAGUUUAUUGCACACACACACACAAACUCGAACCGAAACCGCGUUUGCAUUCAGAAGAAAACCAGCUCGAUGUCAUUUAUGAAAGUUCUGUCUAAGCUGAGGAAGCGCACGACGGCAGCAAGUCUCUGUCCAGGAGUACAAAUUCUGCUUUAGGUAUCCCAUUUGCUGACGUUUGGCAUGAUUUUUGUUUCAUUACUUCGACAUACACACACAUACAUAAUUUUAAGUGUAAAUUCUAUUCCUCGCCACUAAGCGGUUUUACUGAACAUGUCUUUCAGUAAAUUUAUAUUUUUCUUUUCUGUUGCAAGUAGGUACAACAUUGUUCGAUGUACUCAAAAAUAUUAUAUCUUUUGUUCAGAAAAAAUACUGUAAACGCUAUACAUACGGUAUUAUUUACACAUUAUUUUUUGCAUCUCGAUCUUUUUUCGGAAAAUAGUUUCGGUAACCAAAAUGAGGAGCGGUAAAAGCGAAACAAACAAAAUUAACUACACAAAAAUCUCAGAAACAACGCGUAGAAAAAGAGACCCAAGCUAAGUCGUGUUAAUGCUAUUGACAGAGAAUUUAGUUCAUUUUUUAUAUUCAUGAGUAAUGUAAUGAUGAAAACAAGCGCUAUAUAAAUUGCAGUGUUUAAUAUAAUUAUAAUUGCAGACGA